AUGCGCUUUGGGGCGGUCGGGAGGAUGGCAGCACCGCCAGGUCAUUUGUACACACACCGACAAUUCGCGGCGCCCGACAGUUUCUUCCCUCGACAUGCAAACCCACAGUGGAUCACCCUCGUCGUCCACCCAGGCCUCCCCGGCGAUGCUGGCCCCUCCUCCCUCGACUGGGUCCUGCUCGACGACAACGGCGCCGGCUCCUCUUCUACCGACCUCCUCCCUGACCUCCUUCCAACCCUCCCCAGCCCUAUAGCCCAGCGCUGA